UGCCGGGAACAGCACCUCUUGUGUGGAUCUCUCCCCCUCUCUUUUCCUUGCGCCGGCAACGCCACGGUUGAUGAGGCUCACUGGAUAGCUUCCGUUUGUUGUGGUCAGAUCGCGCGGGCCAAAACAAGGCCUAGGGACCGAGUACACCCUAUCAUCAAGCAUCCAGAAUACUUUCAGCUCCUUCAGGCGAACUGAGUCACCAUUCCCGCCACGUGGCUGUCUUCUAGUCUCACUCUGUCUUGAAUCGCCAGCCUGCCACUUAGUAAGCGCGAGCAUUGUCGAAGCUUCAACUCCCAAGCCGUUGACCGCCACUCUUCCCCGAACCUUGUUCGUCGCGACCGACCACCCAUGAUUUCCGCCCAUUCACCGGAACACAUGGAUCCAAACAUCGCGAGAAUAGAGAACAACCUGCGACGAGCGCAUGUCCACGCAUCGCCGCAGCAUCAUCUCUUCGCCAACAGCCCUUCGCCACAGCAUCAUCUGUUCGCGAACAGCCCUCUGAACAACCUUCCCACGCUCGAGCAGCUGAGCGAGAGGCACCGGCACUCCCACAAGCAGCGGCGGAAGCCGGCGCUGCAGCAACAGCUCGGAGCAACACCGUCCAACGGGUCGCCGUCAGACGCGUUCGGUUACCACACAGACCCGGCCAUCGCCGCGGAACCUUCCUGGACGGUGCAGUCCGCGGAAUCCGCGGCUUCUGUCCCACCUGUUCUCACCCCGUCCAGAAGCCCCUCACAUCCGGCCUCGUACCACCCUCUGCAGAGCCAUCACGCCGCCGCGGGUUCCGCACCUGCGCCUGCCGGAUAUGUUGCGCCUUCCGCGCGUGCAGCCGCGGGUUCCACGUUCACCCAGCCUCCCCCGCAGUUCCCCCAGGCGUUGCGGAAUUGCUACUCCGGCGCGUGUCCCGGCGAAUCGGAGACGUGCGCGCUCUCGCGACAGCUCGUCGGGGCGCGGGAGAUUAAAGUCAUGGCUCGCGACGCGGCGAUUUGCGGUUACAUGGUCGAAAUGGGCGCAGCUAAACUGCUGGCUUCGCUUGUAAACGGGGUGUUAGAAGCUGGCGAAGGAAGGAGCGCGUUGGAUUUGCGGUAUCAGGUCGCUGAGGAGGCAGCUGCUGCGCUGCUGAACCUGUCUUUAGAUAAGACCGCGAAGCAUAUGAUGAGGAGCCAUGGAAUCGUCCCCAGCGUUGUCAGACUGGCUGACGUCAGUCCUGGUCAACCCUGCCAGGAUGACGUCAGAGGUAGCCAUGCCUCGCAGAACAAUACCCGGGAGCGUGAUGCCAGGAGCAGUGCUGCUGACCGCAGCAGCUGCAGCAGCAGCACGAGCACCAGUGCAGCACUUCUGAAUCUUAGAGAGCUUGCAGUGGCAGUAAUCCACAGUCUCGCCCAGGCGACAUCGCUGAAAGAGGAUCUAGUCGAUCAACGCGCUGUGAGGCCGCUGGUGAGGCUGUUGAGGGAGCCAGCGUGCAGCAGGGAGGGUCAGAAGGACGCCUUGUACGCCCUCUACCUCUUAUCCAUGUGUGAGUCAGGGAGGCUGGCUCUGGUGUAUGGCGGCGCUGUGCCUUUGCUGCUGGAGGUGGUGCUGUGCGGCUUGCAGAAAAGCAGCCAUUUGUAUGCCAAGCAGUCGGAGCGGUUCUUUGACAAGGGCAUGCACACGCUGACUAAUGUAUCCGAGGAGCGAUCGGGCCUUAACGCUAUAAUCAGCAGCAAAGUUCAGCUCUGGUCCGUGGGUGAAAGUGGUGCUGCUGGCUCUGACGGCUGUUAUGAAGGUGGAUGUGGGAGCUGCAUCGAAGUAUCGGGAUUGCAGGGGCUUUUCAGAUUGCUUGUGAGUGGGAGUGAGGCGACAAAGGAACAUGCCAUUGCAAUUCUUCACCGCGUUGUGAGGAAUGCUGGGCAAAGCAGUGCUCCAGUUUUGGAAGAGAUAUGGUCCUUGCUCCGAAAGGAGAAACCGAGGCCGCAUCUUGAAGCUUUGGCAAAGGCUGGGGCCCCACAUGCCCAGCAACUCUUGAUGGUUUUCUAUCCUGUCAAAGUAUCAAAGCAAUGAGAAUAUUGCCUUGGUUGUUUAUGUUGUGGAAUUCUGUGGAAUGUAGAUUACAUGACGUCCCAAGUGCUUAGGAUGUGCUCGUACAGCGUCGAGAAUCAUGCUGUAUGGGAGCAUUCGCCGCUUUCGCACCUUCCAGGUCCGUGAGCAGUGGUACGCGCUUGUUCCACGAAUUUCCCCCGGCAGGCAGCCUUUGGCGCUCCCCGCAGGACACUACGCGCGGGAGAGCGAGCGUAGAGGGAGAGCCAAUGAGCUUCAAUCCCCCACGCCCGCGCAUGACAUGAUCUUCCUCUACGCAGCCGCUGAUUGCCGGCCACGUCGAUGCAAACUGCAAACGGCUCGUUUUAACCGUUCGUUUUCUCAUGUUUGACGGACUGGAUUCAUCUAACCGUUGCCUGAUGCCUUUCUGGUUAGGAGCAACCGAUGGGCUUGCCCUUCGCGAAAGCUGCCAACAUGAUCCAGGUUGGCACAGCAGACA